CAACGUUCAACGUUCAACCACGAGCCAUCUAUCGACUUUGAAUAUAAUCAACCGUCCAUUCUAUCUCGAGCAUCCUUUGAUACCUCUGUUGCUUGAUUAUUUCACCAUCACCACUAAAACCCUUUUGAUUUCAAACGAAGUUACAGCUCAGACAUCGACUCCUCAAUUAGCACCUGCUUCCCCGACUUGACCUAUUCUAACUCCCAUUUUGUGUCGCAUUCUAACAUCAACCUCUGUCGAUAAGCGCCUAAGAUCGAUUUCCUGGCGAGCUUCUAGCAAUGGACGAAGGAACUUGGGAGAAGCUGUCCCAGGUCGCUGUCCUGGGUGCUGAAUAUGACUCCCCUGAACGCCACCCCCACCCGAAAUGUCUGAAAGAGACCCGAGCGAAGCUUCUCGAAUCGAUCUACGGAUUGUUGGACAAGCGAGAGAAGCGUCAGCUCAUUUGGUUGCAUGGCACCGCGGGCGUCGGAAAGUCUGCCGUGGCGUUCGCUGUGGCCGAGAGGAUGAAAGGUUUGAAGAUGACAGAGGAGACGAAAAUUGAAACAAGGCUCGCGGGAACAUUCUUUUUCUCGCGCAAGCACACGGAACGCACCACGACCGGUCAUUUCUUUGCGACCCUUGCUUACCAGCUUGCGAACAAUUUCCCGAGCGUCAAGAACGACGUGAACAAAGCUAUCUAUGAGAAUCCUGCGGUUCUAGACUCCAGCAAGUCUCUUCGCGACCAGAUGAUGGCGUUAUUUCGUCGACCUCUCUGGCACCAGCAAUACAGGCUGCGCAAGUGUCCGCCUCCGGUGUUUGUUGUUGACGCCCUUGAUGAAUGCCAACCUGAAACGGUCGCCGAUCUGAUCUCCCUCCUCGGGGAAGCUCUUCGCGAUCCUGAACUUCCCGUGUUCCACAUUCUGCUCACCAGUCGUUUUGAAGAGCACAUACGUAAAGCCAUUCAAAAAGAUGAGAUGCGCACGCUGGUGCAUGAGAUAUCGGUGAACACUUCUGGGGAGGGCGUUGGUGGCAUCAUUUCAUUAGACGGCGAAGAUGUGGACAAUGACAUCUGGACAUUCUUCCAGCAUUCCUUCACGGAAUUGCGAAAUCGCCAUUCUGAUUUCCCUCAGCCCACUGCGGAUAUCAUUAUGCGGCUGGCGAACCGAGCUGGCAGACGUUUCAUCGUGGCAUCUACAAUGAUGAAGUUUGUUGAUGACGGAUACAAUGACCCCCGGGAUCGCCUUGAGCUCAUGCUCGAUCUAACUACCAAACUGCUACCUGGGACAGAAGUGUACGAGCUGUACAACCGCAUCCUCUCCACCUGUUCGAACCCCAAUCGGGCAUACCAGCACUUGUCCAUUGUUGCUGCCCUCGCAGACCCUUUGCCGAUCUCACAGAUCUCGAAGCUCCUUGGUCACGGUCAAGGCAACGAUGUCGAGACCACGCUGAAACAGCUACGUUCUUUCAUGGAUAUCCCUACUGACAGCAGCCGUCCCGUGAAUAUCUACCACUCGUCCAUUCGAGACUAUGCAUCAGACUCCUCGAACUGCAGCCUCCCUGGAUUACAACCCAUCCUACCACAUUCCCUGCUUGCCUCUUCGUCUUUCCGCUUGAUGAUUCAUGACAUUCCAUCACGCACUACUCUCAUGGAUGCACUCCUAGAAUUGAAGUCGCAGAAUCAGGCUAUGGAACCCCAUGACCCCCGGAACUUGCAACAGUCGUUAGCCUUCAUCGUUGAGCCACCGGAGCCGCUGCAGGUUCUGAUGGGACUGUUAUGGCUUCGGGGAGCUCGCGGGUCGGGUUUGCGGUCCUGGCUAGGGACCUUGGAUGGAC